AUUGCAGGUCUUCCAUUCUCUAGCAGUUAUGUCGGGUCGCGGAAAGCAAGGAGGCAAAGCUCGUGCCAAGGCUAAGACUCGCUCUUCCAGAGCUGGUCUGCAGUUCCCGGUGGGGCGCGUUCAUCGCCUCCUCCGCAAGGGCAACUACUCCGAACGCGUCGGCGCCGGCGCCCCGGUGUACCUGGCGGCUGUGCUGGAGUACCUGACCGCCGAGAUCCUGGAGCUGGCGGGAAACGCAGCCCGCGACAACAAGAAGACCCGCAUCAUCCCGCGCCACUUGCAGCUGGCCAUCCGCAACGACGAGGAGCUCAACAAGCUGCUGGGUCGUGUGACCAUCGCACAGGGCGGUGUCUUGCCUAAUAUUCAAGCUGUGCUGCUGCCCAAGAAAACCGAGAGUCACCAUAAGGCUAAGGGCAAAUAAAUAAGCUACUGCUCGGUACCAGCCUUGCUACUCAUUGAGCAAGACAGAUCAGGCUAACAACAAAGGCUCUUUUCAGAGCCACCCACUA